CUUGAUUUGAUGUAUUGUUUGUGUACUAUUAUAAUCCAUAAAAAAAAUCUGCAUCUCGAAUAUCUGUGAUAGAGCUGCAAGGCAAAAAAGCGUCUUAAAGCGGACAAUCGCGUGACCGUACAUAUUGAUGUGGCGUUAUGAUAAUGUCCAUUUGCAGUGCCGUGGUUGUGGUUCACGUCGCUGACUAGAAUGCAGCUGUUGUCCGAUCAUUUCCCGCUGAAUCGUCAGCACGCCAUAGUUUCCCUGGAUUUUUUGGAUUUUUGACUUUCUUCCUCAUCUCCACUUGUUAAACUUGAAAACUCGGAGCUUCCCCACCACUCGCAUGCCUCCACGCGUCAUUUCUGAAAGACUCUCACCAAGCCCGCCUGCCUGUUAGUCAACGCCUGACUCAAGUGUCCUGGGCGGAGCUUUUGAAACCCCGUGAAGACCCCCCGCCCCCCCCCCGUUCAGUCCCAUUGGCAAGUUAUAUUUACUUGGUGGCAUGUUGCGCAAAUCCGACGGAUGUGCGCAUAGCUGAGAUGGUGGCUUUGUUGAUUUUUUUUUUCAACUCUCUCUCUCUCGACAUGCAAGGUAGCAUGAUGCGUGAAGGAUGAACCGCAAUAACUGAAGAAAGAGGCUGGCAAUGGCACAAAGACAAGUUCAAGAAAGUGGCAAGGAUGGGCGCUCAGUUUUGGGAAUGCUCACAGUGCAAGUGGAGAGGGACCCAAAGACAGGAGCCUCGGUUGUUAAGUCCGUAGCACCCGCGUCCGCACCGGACAGUCGUCCCCCGGCCUCCGCCAUCUUUGACGGCGAUCCCUCAACUGAAGAGCUGGGACAGAUUUUCAGCGCCGCGGAUGGCGUCGGGAUGCGAGCGAUGCUCGAUGAGGUCACGGUCACGCUAAAUGAAGCGGAUCCCGAGACGGCUGACGCGGAAGCCGGCGGAGGUCCGUUCAAACCAAUCCAGGCACCCGUCAAUCGAUCUGCGGCCAAAGAGAACCCCGGAAGGCCCGAGUCGGAAGAUAAAAUGACAAGAGAGGUCAGUCGUUUGAGCGCGCGAGGAGAGGAGCGUGCAAACGCCACGGUGGUUCGAGACGCGGCGGGAAAAGAGGUCACCGUGGAGGAUCGCGUUUUGGAGCAAAGCCCAAUCACGCUUGUGUUCCUGGGCUACGCUGAUUCUACCGCCGCCCAAGAAACCCCAGACAUGCUCAUCGCAGAAAGAGUGCUGAUCGCGGAUGACGGAGAAGAACCCCGCGUCGCAAAUCCAGAAGAGAGUGAAAGUGAAAUGGAUCGGGGCGCUCCCCAGAUGGGAAAAGAUCAAACAUCUCAAGUCCAGGAAGAUCAUGCUCAUCGGGAAGCCUCCUCCGCCACUGUUGAAGAGCGAAAAGGCCCUUCCAAGCGCAAGACCUGUCAUUGUUGCUCCGUCAUGUAAGACGUGAUCUCAUUUCAUCCUACGUAUUUCGAUGUAUUUUCUUAAUUUGAGGCCCCAUGAAGUCAAUGGACACGCAUUGGACUCUUCUGCCCAUCUGUUCCCUGCAUUUGACUCCUAGCGUCA